GAAGGGAAAAAAAAGCUCUGGCCGCGCCCCACCGGCAGGAAUCUCAGCUAAAGCAAAGCAAAGCCAUUACAGAGGUAAGAUUCUAUUCUAAUACUUCACCGGAAUUUCGCCAUGCCGAUUCUCUCUCCCAGCUCCAACUACCAAUGGAUCCUCUCCCUCAAGAUCAUCCUGAUCUCCACCGGAGUUCUGUCCAUGGCUGUGUUUCUCAAGCUCUCUCUUCCUCUGCUCACUGAUUUCCUCCUCUCUGAAAUCCCUACCAUCUGGACCUGUUUCGUCUCCUGGUUAAGACCUCCUUACCUCUACUUGAUUAUCAAUUGCAUAAUCAUCAGUAUUCUCGCCUCUUCUAAGCUCCAGCAGAAGCUGGACGGUGAUGGAUCGCCCGCUCCUCCGCCGGUCGCUAAGAUCUCCUCUGACUAUGUGGUGUAUAGCGGUGGCGACAUUUCGAAUGGAUACAGUUACAGUGCGAAUCAGAACGUGGUGACGAAGAUUUCGGACCUUCGAAUCGACGAAUCGAACGGUGUGUACGGGCGGAUGAGUGUAGAACCUCAACCUAGGGUUUCGGAGAUACAGAUGAAAGGGGAGAAUGAUGGUUUGAUUGUGAUGAAAGCCGCUGAUGAGGCUGCCACACCGAGACCGAUAACCAACGCUCUGCACAGGAAGGAUUCCGUCGGGCUAUUGUUUUCGAAUGAGAAGGAGAAACCGCCGGUUUCUUCAAGAAUCGGUCAAAGAAAAUCCGUAAAAGCCAGUCCCGAAGG